AAAGUGUAUCAAUCGAAUUCACCACAUGCUGUAGCUGACAUUUCAUGGAUGAUGUGCCUCAGGCGUGAGUGUACUCAAGUGGAAUGACUUGCAACUCGUGAUACCCCCACUCUUUAAAGACUUUCCCUUCAGCCGUCUCUCCCUCUCUCUGGUUCUAGUGCGCUGAGGGUUUUAGAUGUAGAGCUCCGACACACUUCUCAUAGUUAGUUUAUUUAUUAGAGCCUAUGAUUCCAAGGAGGAGCGGAUUAUUCCAUCUAUUUGAGACAAAUGGCCACAUACCAGCUUGCGUCUAUGCAGAAAAAGAAGAGGAAAGAUUUCAUCCCGUACUUCCUGGGGUUUGUGUUAUUCUUGUAUUGCACCGUCCAUCUUGUGUCGUUCACAGCUAACACAGCUCAGGAAAAGCAUUCUGCAAGGGUCCGCCGAGCCCUGGAAAAUGAGACGGAAUGCAUCAGACCUCAGUCUUCAGAGUUCCCUGAGGGGUUCUUCACGGUGCAGGAGAGGAAAGAUGGAGGGCUUGUUAUUUAUUUUAUGAUCAUUUUCUACAUGCUGCUGGCGGUGUCCAUCGUCUGCGAUGACUACUUUCUUCCUUCACUGGAGGUGAUCAGCGAGCGUCUCGGACUCUCGCAGGAUGUGGCAGGGGCCACUUUUAUGGCAGCUGGGAGUUCAGCGCCUGAACUCGUCACCGCGUUCUUAGGUGUGUUUGUGACCAAGGGAGACAUUGGGGUCAGUACCAUAGUGGGAUCAGCCGUCUAUAACCUCUUAGGAAUCUGUGCGGCAUGUGGGAUCUUGGCGCCAAUGGCAGGUCGCCUCACUUGCUGGCCUCUGUUCAGGGACUGUCUGGCUUAUGGCAUCAGUGUUGCCGCUGUUAUUGCUAUAAUCGCAGAUAACAACGUGUACUGGUACGACGCUGCCAGCCUGCUGCUGGUCUACGGGGUCUACAUUGUGGUUCUGUGUUUCGACCUGCGCAUCAGUGAGUUUGUCCUGAGGAAGCUGAGCCCCUGCUGCACCUGCUUGGGCAAGGGCUCCGGAGAGAGGACGGAGAGGGAGCCUCUCAUGGGCUGGAGCGAUGACACGGGUCUUCGAGUCCACAGUCGAUCCAGGACUGACAGUGGGAUCUUCCAGGAUGACUCUGGGUACUCGCAUCUCUCACUCAGCCUGCAUGGACUCAACGAGUUACCUGAAGAGCAGAAGAGUGUGUUUGCCGUACCGGAGAAUGACUUCAAGAGGAUUCUUUGGGUUUUAUCGCUGCCCAUUAUCCUCCUGCUCUUCCUGACCGUGCCCGACUGUAGAAGGAGGUUCUGGAAAUCGUGGUUCAUGGUCACCUUUUUCAUGUCAGCCGUCUGGAUCUCCGGCUUCACCUACGUCCUGGUGUGGAUGGUCACUGUUGUUGGAGAGACACUGGGGAUUCCAGACACCGUGAUGGGACUCACCUUGCUAGCUGCUGGAACCAGUAUCCCAGACACUGUUGCGAGUGUUUUGGUGGCCAGAGAAGGGAAAGCCGACAUGGCAAUGUCCAACAUCGUGGGUUCUAACGUAUUCGACAUGCUGUGCCUGGGCCUUCCGUGGUUCAUCAAGACGGCCUUUUUGGACACAAUUAAUCCGGUGGAGGUCAACAGCACUGGAUUGGUCUUCAUUUCCGCAACACUCCUCUUUUCCAUUGUCUUCCUUUUUGUUUCCGUUCAUAUUAACGGUUGGAAAUUAGACUGGAAGUUAGGGGUCUGUUCUCUGGCCUUCUACAUUCUUUUCGCCACACUGUCGAUCCUUUACGAGCUGGGGAUUAUUGGAAAUAAUCCCAUUAGGCUGUGUGGAGACUGAUCCCCAACAAGUCCAGGAUCUAAGACAUGUUACAAGGAAACAACAUAACUUCUGGAGCACAGCACUUUUGAAGCCGGUUUUCAGAUUCUACAGAAGAAUUUCUGUCAAUACGGGUCUGCUCAAACAACCCACUACGUUUUCGCAACACACAAUGUCAUCUACACACACGGAGGUGUACCAUCUCAACUCUAAAGCACAAGACCAUUCUUACUUUGUUGAGGGAAGUAAUAAAGUUUUUAAGUCAGCUUGUUUGGUCUUGAUAUUUUUUUCCAGGUGAGC